AUGGGGCAACCGUCUCAAGAGCCCCAAGGAAAUAUGGAGGAUGCGAAUUAUGUGCAACAAGGGGGCAACAGAUACAACCAGUAUGGGAACAAGGGGCAUCCCAAUCUCUCUUAUGGGAACCCCAAUAAUGCCCUGCAACCUCCUCCGGGAUUCACAGUUACUGAUGGGAUGGUGAACGACCCCAAGAAGAUGACCACGGAGGACAUACUCAAGUCCUUUAUGCUACAAUCCAACAAGGUCAUGGAGCAGAACAAUCAGAGGAUGGAGAAGGUCGAGACGGAUGUACAAGGAAUGGCCACUCAUUUGAAGAACAUUGAUGUUCAGAUCAGCCAGAUUUCCCAGACUGUGAGUACUCUUACUCAACCGGGAAAAUUCCCUUCCACCACCAUUGUCAACCCCAAGGACUGCAAAGCUAUUAACUUGCGGAGUGGGACGAGCUAUGAGGGACCCUCAAUGCCCUCAGCGAAUGAAGGGAAAGUAGCAGAGAAGCCUAUUGAAGAGGAGGAGUUAGUUGAGGAAGAUGAAACGGAGACGAUUCAGGUCACCACUCCACCUAAGGAGAACGCAGUUCCAGCUCCAUCUACAACACCUGCAGCUCACACUCCUGCUGAAGUGAGGAUCCCUUAUCCUCAACGGGUGCAGAAGAAGAAGACGGAUGCACAGUUUUCGAGGUUCUUGGACAUAUUCAGAAAGGUGCAGAUCAACAUUCCUUUGGUGGAGGCAUUACAGCAGAUGCCCAGUUAUGCUAAGUUUCUAAAGGAUGUGGUCUCCAACAAGAGAAGAUGGAUGGAAUAUGAGACGGUUAAUCUGACUGAGAGCUGCAGCGCCAUUAUUCAGAAGAAGCUGUCGGCCAAGUUGAAGGAUCCCGGGAGUUUUACCAUAUCCUGCAUAGUAGGAGAUUGUCAAGAGGGAAGAGCUCUAUGUGAUCUGGGUGCAAGCAUCAAUCUGAUGCCGUAUUCUUUCUUUCAGAAGUUGAAGAUUGGAGUGCUCAGGCCCACUACUAUUUCACUGCAGAUGGCGGACAGAACAGUGUCGUACCCGAAGGGGAUUGUUGAAGACAUCCUAGUCAAGGUCGGGGAAUUUGUUUUUCCAGCCGACUUUGUGGUUCUAGACAUGGAAGAAGAUAAACAUGUCCCACUUAUCCUUGGUAGACCUUUCUUAGCUACAGGGAGAGCACUUAUUGAUGUCCACAAGGGAGAGCUCACUCUUCGACUGAAUGAGGAGAGCAUCACAUUCUCCAUUUAUGACGCUAUGCUGAGGUAUGAUGAUGAGGAUGCUUGGAGGUUCAAGCAGUGCAAAAUGAUCGAGGUGGUUGAUGACUGCGUGAGAGAGGAGAUACUUCAUUUUGUGGGAGCCCUUGAUUCUGGUGUAGAGAUUCAAAGAAGGAACAACAAAUUUCAACCACUCAAAGAUCCGGCGGAAGAAGAAGAGAAGGAGGAGGAACUUAAACCAUUGCCUUCGUACCUCAAGUAUGCCUUUCUAGGAGAGAAUGAGACGUAUCCGGUAAUUGUCUCUUCAUCACUUACUCCUACUGAACUCGAUAAGCUGAUGCGCGUGCUUAGGAAGCAUAAGGGAGCUAUAGGGUGGUCCAUCUCGGACCUCAAAGGAAUCAACCCUACUGUUUGCAUGCACAGAAUUUUAUUGGAGGAAGGAUCCAAGCCUAAGGAAUAG